AUGAAGUUCUUCGCCGCCGCCGCCAUCCUGGCCACCUCCGUCGCCGCCACCAGGACCAUCGUCGUCACCGACACCACCAUCCGUGACAACGCCGGCCUCCAGUCCGUCAGCUUCACCGCUCUCGGCAUCAAGUGCUCCGCCGAGGGCGCUGCCCUGGGCGCCCGCCAGAUCGCCUGCCCCGGCCUCGACUACUCCUGGCACGCCGCCGGCUCCAACUCGGAGUACACCCUGACCUUCUUCGCCGGCACCAACACCGAUGCCGCUCAGGCCGACGGCAAGGUCCCCGUCAACUGCCGUGCUGGUGGCAACGGUGCCAACGACAACGUCUGCCAGCAGACCGGCGACUUCGCUGUUACCCUCUAA